AUGAUGAGUGGAGGAGCCAAUAGUGGCAGCUCCUCAUUGAUGAGUGAUGAAUUAUUGGAUGCCACUUUUAAGAAUGAUCUACUUCGAGUAUGGGACACGAGAAAUUCAAAUUCUUCCAAAUGUACAAAGGCAUUCCAAGUUUCUCCUAUGGCCAGCAAUAGCAGUAGUCAGCAAUUAUCAUUGGAUAAUAGCAGUAGUGGCACGAGCAUCGAGUCCUCUUCUUCCAUCUCCAGCGCACCCAUUGUUUCCUUCGAUUUUUAUAGUCGUCCUGAAAGUGAUCAAUUGUUUGCAAUUCAACCUGAUCGUAUUUUGUAUUGUAAGGCCUAUAGCUUUGUGUCCUCUCGACCCCAGCUACCCCCUCCUCAAUUCAAAGUCGCAGGUUCCAUCGACGCAAGAGCCGGAAUCAAGCAGAAAAAGCUUCCUCCCAAGAAAAAGAGAGACAUUCCAAUCGAUUGUGAAAAUAGAGAAGUUUUACAUUGUGAAAGCAUUGCAGAAAGAACGCUCUCAGGAAAUAUGGUUGGAAUGAAUGGUUCAGACAGUAGUGCUUUUUCAAGUGGAGGAAACUACACAGACGUGAAAUAUCUUCCUCUACACAAACUUUUGCUCAUUCCGACCGAUAAUGGACGUGUGAAGGUGUUCUCUUGA